AUUAAAGAAUCAAAUAUCUUCCCCCAAUUGGACUACCCCGCCGUAUCUGUCUUUCUCACUAUCUCCCCCCCGUCUUCAUAUCCAUCACUCGUAACUCAUAAGCAAAAUCAAAAUCAACGGUCCAGAUCUCACCGUCCCCCGGCGGCUCCUCCUCCGUCCUCAACCCCUCUCCUCCCAAAACCCUCGCUCGACUCAUCAACGAUGCCGGAGAAGCGGCCCAGGACACAGAUGAAGAGAACUGCCAGCAUUACUGGCGGUCUGGAUCUUGCUUCCGCCGCCGCCGCCGCCUCUAGAUCCCUCCGUCGGAAAGUCGAAGAUUUCGCCCAAACCGCUGCUAGUUUCUUGAAUGCGUGUUCCCUCUGCAAACGGCGUCUCUUUCCCGGCCGCGACAUCUACAUGUACAGAGGAGACAGCGCAUACUGCAGCGAAGAAUGCAGAGAACAACAAAUAAGACAAGAUGAGAGAAUAGAGAAGUGUUUAUUAAUUGCACCAAAGAGUAAGGCAGCCGCCACAACGGCCACCGCACCAGCCACCGGAUCGGAGGCGGUUGCAACCACCGGCGGAACCAUCGCCGCCCUGUAAAUUAGAUAAUUUUAGCAGCUUUCUUGUUAGAAACCACUCCCCCCCGUCUCUUAAUUAAGUUUCCGCUUGCUUUUUCACGAGGUUUUAGAAUAGUGAAAUUGUAUGAUGGAAGUUUAUGUAAGAGAUGGAGACACUUCUUUCCCUUAUUCGAAUAAGAACUUCUUUCUGGGAUAACUUACAAAAGAAAACAAUAAAUUCUUUUUGAGACGAAAGAAAUACUAGUCUCGUGU